ACGGUGAUGGCUGCACUGUCAAGCUGAUGAAUGCGUUCUGACGGAAAGCGCAAGUGUAACCGAAACCGCUCUGCGACCUCAUCAUGCGAGUGGAUAGGUGGCCUAUCCGAAGUGUCCAAAGUUGCGCAAGCGCACAGCAAAUCACUGCCCAGCUGGGUAGCACUACUCUGCCUGGCUAUGCAAGGUUGACUCCGUGUCUGAGACCUACACUAUCUUUCCCCUGUACGCUUGACGCAAUGGCGAAGCGGCGCGAAGCCUUGUCCUGUGACACGUUGUAGUUUCAUGAUGGAUAUGCGCUCCCUUGCGCAAACAGCAAGUGCUGGAGUUUCCCUCUGAUUCCUAUGCUCCUGAGUCCUGGGAGGGGACGAUUAGGGUGAGAGGAGCCACACUGAUCGACACGUCCUUGCCCCAGUCAGUGGGAGCUGCUGGACAAAAGGUGCUAAAUAUUGGUGGUGGCCACCCACCGUUGCUUGGAGUGCUAGCGCCUUUUCGAGUGGAGAGCCGAUGAGGUGUCCUUGAGGAACUCAGGCAGCUUGUGUACAGCGUGUGAAGUUUUCGAAAGGCAACUUGUGUAGCUACACAAGUGGGCGCUUUCAGUUGGAGGACGAGAGCGAGAGAGAAAUCCGUUUAGCAAGGAGCGGAGACGACGGCGGCCUUUGGCCGUGGAGACUUCUUUGGUUCAAAUCAACUUCGACACGAGUCUAGGUAGUAGUAUUGUUGUGGUGUCUUUCUGAAGGAGUCCAACAUGCCCGUGGCGCAGCGUAAGCGGAACAUUGCGCGCCAUGUGCGCGAGAACACGGCCAUAUGGAGUGAGGCGAUCAGCCUGUUCGAGAAAGGAGAGUUUGCCCAGGCCGAGGAGACCUUCUCUUCCAUGGAUUAUGUCACCAGUGCUGUGCAGUUCAACGCCGCCACGUGCAGUCUCUCCAUGGGUGAUGUGGAGAAAGCAAUAGAGAUUUACACAGAGACACUCAAGCGAGACAAACACUUUGUUCUCGCAUACUGCCAAAGAGCCAUGUCCUUCCACAUCUAUGGAUGGAAUGAAGAUGCCCUGCGUGAUCUACACGAGGCCCAUCGGCGCAUGCGUGGCAACCGGUUCAUCGACUACACAAACCUCGGUCUCAGCUAUGUCCAGUGGGAGUGCCAGAUCCUGGCAAACAUUGCCGUGAUCUACGUGUGCCUUGGCUUACAACGCCAUGCCCUGCACUACCUAGAACAAGCACAUAAAUCCAGGGAAGACUCUUUCAACGAGAGACCCGGAAACGACACACAGGAGUUACUGGAGAUUGCGUUACCCAAUGACGUCGUCUCUGACCUGGUGGGCUACUGCGACGCCACGGAGAAUCAUAAAGAGAAGACAUGCGCGUUUCUACAGCUUGAUCCCCAACCCAUCUUCAGACCGCGUGGCCUGUCAUCGCUCUGGCUGCAUGCCUCGCAGAAGAUCAAGAAAAACUUCAUGGGCAAGGCAAAGGUUCUCUACUGCUUGGGAUCGCAAAAGGAAGCUGGCUUUGAGGGUGCUCAGGCUAAAGCAGCAGGCAAGCCAUUGCCCGUGAAGAGCGAGUGGGAAAGAGCGGCCGGUGGACCGUUGGCAUUGGCGCUGUCGAAAACUCUCAAGAAGCACCGUCGUGGCGGGGGUGAACCCAGGAAUCACCGUGCAAACUCCGAUGUGGGCCCGGGGACGGACACGAGCAGCUCCAAGGCAAACACUGGCACUCGUACAGAGCGCAGUCAGAGCAGCCCGGCCACACCCAACACCGCCGAGGGGGCUAAGGAAUCCUCACUCAAGGCCAAGGCACGCAAUGCUACGCUCAAGUCACGGCGUGCCAGCAUACUCAGUAGCGUGUCCGAGCGGUCAAACGAAUCGACACUGCAGAGUCAGCGAGGUGGUGUUAAGGCAGCGUCAGCCACAGCUACAUCGGCAGCUUCACAAUCAACUCUGCAAGCUUCCAAGCCAGGGUCUAAUGAGGAAGAGCAGGCAUCGAGCGAUACUGCGGAUCCCAUUUACGAUGACAUCGACGAUGAUGGUGCAGAUGUGGUGGUUUGUGCAGGUGUGGAAGCUGAGGAGCAGGUAACUGUGGAUGAAGAUGAGGAGGAGCAGGAGAACGAAGAGGAGGAGGCGGCAAGUGGGUCGGAAACUGAACUGGGCGAGCUAAGCCAGACGGAGGAGGCAGCACUCACCGCCCUACAGCUGCUCACUGAGCAACUUGUCAGCAAGCAACGCAACACCUUGGGAAACCAGGCUGCAAUCACAGCACUGCUGAAAUCCAUCACUGACAUUACCACUCAUUUACAGAAUCAGUCGCCGUCGUCACCAAGAAAAUCAGCCCCUCAAACAAAACCCAGCAAGUCCUCGUCCAGCAAGAAGUCCAGCGGCGGUGGAAAAGACAGAACGAGAGGCCGUUCUGGCAGUAUGUCCGACACGAGCAGCUCCGCCACAGCAGCGCUGAGUAAACUAAGCAUCGGUGAACGCACCACCGAAAGCUUUCCGCUGCCAUCAGAAUCUGACACGGAUUUCGGUGAAGACACCGACGUCUACCAGUUUCAUGCCACGUUGCUGCGGGGGCAAUCUGCGGCAAGGUCUGAGCAAGAAAAUGUUUAUGAGAAUCACCAGCCCAGUGGCUCUGAAUCAACACCACAGAGAAUGACCCGUGCACCCUCGAACAACCCAGAUUCACUGGUCAUAACACAAUCCAAUGGGAACUCUGAGAGCGAGGACAGCUGUAUAUACAUGAAUUGUAUCUCGGCGAGCAACACGGGAAAUUCGUCACCGGCCACAUCGUCCCGGUCUUCUUCGUCAACUUUGCUCACCAUCGUACCAGCUACCACCGCUGCCACCACUGCAGCUGAGGACUCUGCCAGUCUCUAUCAAUUAACCAAGAGCAGCUUCAUCAAGCAGAGAGACGUGAACGACCGCAGCGGCAUACUUGUCUCGCCCGUCUCUCCUCAAGAGAACAUAGCCGUUCGCAACGCAUCUAGCGGAUAUUUCUCGGCACCGGAAGGCAAGGGAGCACGCUCCACGUCCCGUGGAAAGCGUGAAACCGCCCAGCUCGUGACGGAGUCCUGUGACGAACGGAGCACUCGGCGCAGACUGAGCAGUGCUUUCGACGGCCUUGAAGGCGACUUGGGCGGUUUGAAAGCGAGACUGAAGGAGAAGAAAGCUGCUCACAUAGCAACGAAGAAAAGUGGACCAGUGCGAGCGCUAAGUCAAGGCAACAUGCCGUCCGCAGCAUCCGGAGCACAGCUCACUGCCGCGCAGAGGGUAGCAACGCUACAACGGUCUGGCGCCGGGGCAGAGGAAAUUUCUCAUUAUGUCAAUAUCCGACCCACCGGUUCUCUAAACCAGCAACAAGACGAGGCCGAUGACAAUACAUAUGAGAGAAUUGUACCGUCGGUGUCUGACCUGUCUUCUGCUGCGCAAUCUGGUUCGGAGUCACAGGACAGCAUGUCUGCGACAAAGGCCAAGAAGAAAAUGCCCCCAAAGAGGCCAAACAGACCGACAAGUAUAGACUCUCCCCACGCGAAGUCACCCAGCCCGCCCGAAUCCGACGCAGAAAAGCCUAAACGCCCAGCGCCAGCCGUGGCUCCCAAAGCAAAGGGAAUAAUUCGCAAUUCCCAGCUGCAGCAGCAGCAGCAACAGCAGCCGCAGCAGGCUACGACUGCCCGAUCACCAAUGCUGCCCCGAAAUCCACCGAAGGUGGCCUCUCCAACCGCUGCCAGGCCGAACGAAGCCCUAGUCUCAGCAUGCUUUGGCGGCGAGUCAGCAUCUUCUUCUCGUCGAAUGUCCAGUGCGAGUAGUGUUGGACCGCCUUCUUCGGGUAGAAAACGCCUCGGGUCCCGGUCCCAGCUACAGGAGUCAAUGGACGACUCGGACUACGCAAGUCGCGCACGCAGCAUCAGUGUCACCAGUAUAUGCAGCGCGUUUGAAACGCCGUCCGAUUCCUUCAUCCGUUCUCAGCGGCCCCGCGCCGACUCCAGCUCCUUCGAAUCGGAUUUCAGCAGCACUCGCACGCGAGUCACCAGCCACUCGUCGGCAGCAUACGACACCGACUCCUCGGCCAUCCCCGGGAACUAUCGACGCCAGCGCCUGGUGAGCUUCAGUGAAUCUCCCUUGCAGGCGGGAACAUCGCACGCACAGCACAAUGGACACAGCUCAGACCAUCGUAGAGCAGAGCGGAGGCAUAUGAGUGAUAUGGAUACAGACACUGACGUACCGUUCGACGAUGAAAAGUACGGCCUGCCGCCAUCAAAGGUUGCCGCCAUCACGAGAUGGAGGGAAAGCCAACCCAAAUCAGGCGCUUGUAAGCCAAAGAAAGUAACAGUAAGCUCAGCGGCACGAAGCGAUCGCACCCCUAGCCAGCAAAGCCGUCCCCGUCCUGCCGCGGCGCGUAGAAAAUCAUCUGACCGAGUGCCGCCCGUGGUGAACUGUAACUCUUGACGGACGAUAAUGGCUUGACUGCUGCCUCGAUCUUACCCGUGUUGCCAUGCCAAUGCCAUGGUGAUACAUACCCGGUGAUGGUCAGUGCAAUGCAUUCGUGGUAUGGUGCCGUCAUCAGGCCAGGGGCUACACGGAACACAGUGCUCCACGUACAGUGCAGGUACCGAGUCAGCAGCUGGAAGCAUGCUUGUGAGCAGUACUUGAGCAGUGAAACUUUGGCUGAUAGCACAUGUACAUGAUUGUGUGCAGCAGCAUUGGUCAUGGCAGUGCUCUCUCGGCAGGGCCUUGACACAC